UGUGUCUGGGAGGGUGCUGCUUCCCACAGGCUUGCCGACACAGCUAGCGGGGACUGCUGGCCGCAAUGAUCCAGAAUGUCGGAAGUCACCUGCGAAGGGGCUUUGCCUCUGUGUUCUCGAGCCGUACAUCCCGGAAGUCAGCCUCACGUGCAGAAGACAACGACUUCGCCAUGGCAGAGGGCGAGGGGUACCGGAACCCCACGGAGGUGCAGAUGAGCCAGCUGGUGCUGCCCUGCCACACCAACCAGCGUGGCGAGCUGAGCGUCGGGCAGUUGCUCAAGUGGAUCGACACCACGGCCUGCCUGUCUGCGGAGAGGCAUGCUGGCUGCCCCUGUGUCACAGCCUCCAUGGACGAUAUCUAUUUUGAGCACACCAUUAGUGUUGGACAAGUGGUGAAUAUCAAGGCCAAGGUGAACCGGGCCUUCAACUCCAGCAUGGAGGUGGGCAUCCAGGUGGCCUCUGAGGACCUGUGCUCUGAGAAGCAGUGGAAUGUGUGCAAGGCCUUGGCCACCUUUGUGGCCCACCGGGAGAUCUCCAAGGUGAAGCUGAAGCAGAUCACACCACGGACGGAAGAGGAGAAGAUGGAGCACAGUGUGGCCGCUGAGCGCCGGCGCAUGCGACUGGUCUAUGCAGACACCAUCAAGGAUCUCCUGGCCAACUGCGUCAUUCAGGAUGAUCUGGAGAGCAGAGACUGCAGCCUCAUGGUGCCAGCCGAGAAGACCCGCGUGGAGAGCGUGGAGCUGGUCCUGCCCCCUCACGCCAAUCACCAGGGAAGCACCUUUGGGGGCCAGAUCAUGGCCUGGAUGGAGAACGUGGCCACCAUUGCAGCCAGCCGACUUUGCCGUGCCCACCCUACACUGAAGGCCAUUGAGAUGUUCCACUUCCGAGGCCCGUCUCAGGUUGGGGACCGUCUGGUGCUCAAGGCCAUUGUGAACAAUGCUUUCAAGCAUAGUAUGGAGGUGGGUGUGUGCGUGGAGGCCUAUCGCCAGGAGGCCGAGACCCGUCGGCGGCAUAUCAACAGUGCCUUCAUGACCUUCGUGGUCCUGGACCCAGAUGACCAGCCCCAGAUGCUGCCCUGGAUUCGGCCUCAGCCUGGGGAUGGUGAGCGGCGGUACCGAGAGGCCAGUGCCAGGAAGAAAAUUCGCCUAGACAGGCAAUACAUUGUGUCCCGUAAGCAGGCGGAGGUGCCCCUCUCUGUCCCCUGGGACCCUAGCAACCAGGUGUACCUGAGCUACAACAAUAUAUCGUCCCUGAAGAUGCUUGUGGCCAAGGACAACUGGGUGCUGUCCUCGGAGAUCAACCAGGUCCGCCUGUACACUCUGGAGGACGACAAGUUCCUCUCCUUCCACCUGGAGAUGGUGGUGCACGUGGACGCCGCCCAGGCCUUCCUGCUGCUCUCGGACCUACGUCGGAGGCCCGAGUGGGACAAGCACUAUCGGAGUGUGGAGCUGGUGCAGCAGGUGGACGAGGAUGAUGCCAUCUACCACGUCAUCAGCCCUGUCCUUAGUGGUGACGCCAAGCCCCAGGACUUUGUGAUCCUGGCCUCGCGGCGGAAGCCUUGUGACAGUGGGGACCCCUAUGCCAUUGCACUGAGAUCGGUCACGCUGCCCACACACUGCGAGACGCCAGAGUAUAGGCGUGGGGAGACCCUUUGUUCGGGCUUCUGCCUCUGGCGUGAAGGGGACCAGCUGACUAAGGUGUCUUACUACAACCAGGCUACCCCUGGCGUUCUCAACUAUGUGACCACCAAUGUGACCGGCCUCUCCUCUGAGUUCUACACCACCGUCAAGGCUUGUGAGCAGUUCCUCUUGGACAACCGGAAUGAUCUGGCCCCCAGCCUCCAGACCCUCUAGGUGCUGCAGUGACCACAUUAGGCCCACUCCCACUCCAUCCUGCCCUAAGGACUUGCAUACAAUGUGUGGAGGAAGGUGGGCAUUUAUUUCAUCCAGCCUCCCCAUGGGAAGCCUUGACCCAGGGUCCGCCAGCCCAGCACCACUGGGCGAUCAGUUUUUACCAACAUCUGCCAGCAAGUCCUCACGGUACCCCUGGGGCAGCCUGUAGUAGACUCGGGUCCUGUCCACAGCCCUGGCUGCCAGCAAUGCUGCCCGCACAGCUGUGUAGCUGCCCCUGGCAGGGCUGUGCCCCACUGUGACGGUGGCCCGGGGGGAGGCUGACAGCAGCCUGGCUACGGCUCCAGCCGUGCUCUGGCCCAGCAUCCCGGCCUGCAGCUGGAAGGACACAGGUUGCCAGAGCCCCUGGCACAGUUCCAGCAUAUCUGUGAGCAGCUCCUCCCUGUAGCCACUGCCCAGCACUUCCUCAGGCCAGCCUGGUGCCACAGUCACAUGGGGGAAAAACUCAGCCACAGCUGUAAGCAACUCUCUGCCAGCCACAUGGCCAGGGACCACAAAACUCCCAUGGGAGACUGUGGCCCCAACCCACACGGGCCGAGGCAGGAGGUCAAGGAUGGAGAGGUGCUCCAGCAUAGCCAAGGAUGGCCGGAGAGCUGUGGGCUCUUCUAUGUGCAAAUGGAUGCCCCAGUGUCCAGGGCGCGUGGCCAGCUGCAACAGGCAUGACUCCAGUGUCAGGACAGGGCCACCUGGGGCACUCACAAUGGGCACAGGGUCCCUGGUUGCAGUUUCCUGGAGGCUAAUGUUCAGCAGGAUCAUGCCUUCUCUGUCUGGAAGAGGCAACAGCAUCAGGGUCAGAUUAUCAUGGGGCGCCAGAGUCCCUUGUUAAAGAGGCAGUGAGGGCUUAUGGGGACACCAAGGUGGAGGGGCUGGUGUCUCACCUGUCAACCCUGUUCUGUGCUCCAGGUGGAAGGGCUGCUUUCUAAAGGUGCCUGGUGCUCGACAGGCUGACACGAUAAACUGCUAGCCCAGCUCUGGGCCUUUAUCUGCGACUGAGCCCUGGGGCUUGUGCCCACCUCUCCCACAACAUGAUAUGGCUGAGGACUCAAGGGUGCUGGUCUGAAGGUGGGGAGCCCUGUGCUCCUGACACCACUGUAUUCCCUCUCCUCCUGCCCCACUUGUAUCCAGCAUGCGGCUUAAAUUCACCCAUGUUGCCAUGGUAACAGACCCUCACCCCAAGCUUAGGACACCCUUGCAGUUUAGCUAGGAGCACCAGUUUUGUAGGCAGACCUUACCUGGGAGGGUAACUGCUACUGUCCUUCCAUUGCCCUGGACGCCAGGAACCAGCCACUCCACGUCCAGACCAUCACCCCCAGGCAGUUGGAGAAGAGGGAUCAGGCUGCCUCCAGUGUAGAAUAUCUGCUUCCGUGUGGCAUUCACUGUGGGGCCCCAAGUUGCUGAGAUGAAGUGGAUGCCACUAAGAGUGCCUUCUGUGUGCCACAGCUCUACAUGUACUCUAAGCCUUGCAGCAACUUGCCAGGGUAGCUGUAAUUUCCCCAUUUUGUAUACUACAAGAAGUGACUUGCCACAAUCAGUAACAGUUGCUGGGAUCAAAACCUAAUGGAACCUGAUCUGUCUGACCCCAAAAUUGGUAUCCUUCCCCUCACUUAGGUGGCUCCCAGGGCAGAAAUGUGGUCCUCUUUAAUAGGUCCUCCUUGAGAUGGCUUAACUGCAGGUUCUCCUAGGUUCAGAGUCAAGGCACAAGGGGUUUGGACAGUAGCAUCUGGGUCAUUGGUUAAUGGCUACAAUGGAAGGGCUGCCUCUGAAACGUUAGAGUAAGUUGCAGAGGAACUGGGCCACAAGUAUAUGGGGUUUGGUAUUUGCUGAGUUCUGAUCUGAGCUGUGCCAUGUGCAAGCUGGAUGACUGUUAUAUAAAUUCCUUAACUGUCCUGAGCCUCAGUUUCCCUACCUAUCUAUAAAACGGAAUCCCUGCUUCAUGGUUAUGUGAAGUAUAGAAUAGCAUACCAUGGUCUGGCACACAACAGGUGCUCAAAAUGAUUCCUCCCUUCUGCCCACACAGGAUUUCCCCCUUCCAAUAGCCCUCCCCCCCAGCUCCGCUCCAGUGCUCCCCUGUGCAGAAUCCAGCCCCCCCCCCACCCUCCCCAGUCUCUCUCCUUACAGGCCAGCUGCUUGAACUGCGACAGGACAGGCUCAAAGAGGUCAUAGUAGACUUGGUGGACAGCGCAGUUGUCCCGGACAUAGAGGAGAUCAUCCACCGACACAGGGUCCGAGGUGCCCUGCCACAGCGUCAGACUGUACCUGGGGCCCAGAGAGCCAGCUCAGCACCUGCCUGUGCCCAGAGGUGGAGCAUCUACCCUCCAGCCUCCCAUCACCCACUUCUUCCUGAGCACUACCCCUUCCCAGGGGCAGAAGCAGCCAGAAGGAGUUCAGGAACAAUGGCUGAAAGCAGAGGCCCAGAAUGAGGCAGGGCGUGGCCUCCCUGCCUCCUCACUUGCAGUGUCUGUUUCUGAGUCCAGUCUUAGGAAAGGAACCAGGGUAAAAGGGGACGGGCACAGCAGGGAGGUCAGACAUGAAAAGGGGAAGGGGGCAGCCUCAGGACCCCCGUGGGGAGCCACUGAGGAAGGUAGGGCUGGCCAGCUGGGAGCUGACUGUGGGCUGGGGGCCUCUCAGUCCUUAUAGGGCUAUUCUGGGGCAGAGAUUGCAGGUGCAAUCUGGGCAGCCCCAGAAGCACAGCUGGCUCCUAUGGGAGCAAGCUGCGGGGAGACAAACAUGUCUCAGUAUAAACACCUUUCAACGGGCAGACAGAGUCACCCACCAACGGAAGAGCUCUCUCAGUAGAGAGCAGCCUAUCACCAGAGACAUACAAGCAGAAAGCAGGGGCACUGUAGAGGGUGUGAGCACAGUAGGGGUUGGACCAGAUGAACUUUAGGACCCUUCUAGACAUGAGCAUCUGGGAUCUUCCUGGGGGCAUCACCGUCUGGGAAUGCGUUUGGAAUGAGCAGGCUCUGUGACAGAAGCCUGGGAGAUUUUACCUCUCAGACUGGCCCAGCAGCCAGCUGAAGUGGGGCCAGGAGGCUCGCACCAUGACAGCCCGCACGGGGAAAGUGACCCUCUGAGGCAGCGAUCCCACCAGCCCCUGCAUCUCCUCCACCAUGGCUUGGGUGUACGUGCCAUUUGGGAACAGGGGCACGUAGAGAGUGGUCCAGCCCAGAGACAGGGUGGCCGCAGGAUACUUCUCUUGGACCAGGGCCAGGAACCUGCAGAGAAUCAGAGACACUGGUCUUUCAGAGCUGCGCUGGUCCCUUCCUCUUCUCUGUGGUUCUCCUCACAGGCUAGGAAGUGGCGGGGCCUAUUGAAUCUGUAAUAUAAGGGCAGAAGCAGUGUCCUAAAGAGAAGAAGUGGCUGUUCAAGGUCCCCCAAACAGGGUAUGAACUUUGAAGUCAGGGAGGUUCAGGUCCUGACUCUGACCUUGAGCAGGCCACUCAACUUCUUUGAUUCUCAGAGACAGCAUCCUUUCCAGCCAGGGCAGGGCUUCUUAAACAUUCUGAUAUGGACAGAGGUGACUGACUCAGAGCCCAGGUUUGGGGAUCUGGCCUCUGCCAGCUGCUCUGAAGUUUCUGAAGUUUCAACUUUUCUUUUUAAAUUUUAUUUGAAUUUUGCCCUGAUGCAAAAUUUAAUAGGCAAAUAGUGUUGCCCCUCACCCCCCCAAAAAAACUAUGGUAUAAAAUCAACACUCCAAGACUACAGGCCAUAUUUAUUUUGGGCCAUUGGCUACAUUUUCUAAACUGCUGCUUUCCAAAUGCACCUCAGUUUGAGAAGCACAAUAAAUGUUGCAUGGAUGGAUUGUUGGCUGGUUGGAUGGACAGAUGGAGGGAGGGAGAGAGGGAUGGGAGAGAGCAUGGAGCUUAGAAUCAGAAAGGCCUAGGUUUGAAUCUUUGCUGUGCCACUUUCUAAAAGUGCAUUUAACUUCUAAAAGGUAGUUCCUGUAUUAAUAAAAUAAAAAUAGUACCUACCUCAUUCUCAUUAUAAGAGUUAAAUGAUAUUCUGCAAGUAAAUGCUUAAAACAGUGCC